UGUCAUAAAUAGUGACCCAUGGGUGAUGCCUCUAGGACUGGGCUUGUCUGAGGGGUGGAUGCUGCUGGCUCUGCCUGUCAUCACUCCAGGACAGCCAUGUGUGUGGGGAAGUGCAGCCGGAUCGUUGGCCCCUGCCUGCUGGUGCUGGGCACGCUCUCCAUGGCAGCCAGCAUCCUGCUGCUCUUCCCUGCUGGAGCAUCCAAGUACCUGCUGGAGGGGCACAUCAGCAGCCACGCCAAGGCCGUGCCGGGCGUCUGGGGCGGUGGCAUCGCCGUGAGUACUGUGGGAUGUACCCGUCCUUCCUCCCGGGUCUGCAGCAGGGACAGAGGGAUGGAGCAGGGCAGGUGGCUCCCCUUUGUCCCCCAGCUGUGUUUUUGUCCCUGCAGGUGCUGCUGGCAGGGACCCACAUCACGGCGCUGGGCUGGCAGUGCUCUGGCUGCGGCACCCGCACCAACGCGUUCAUCUCCGUGGUGCUCUCCAAGCUGGCGCUCCUGGGCGCUGCCGCCUGCUUCGUCCUCUCUGGGGUGGGACUGACCAACGGCCCCCUCUGCUUCUACAACACCACCGAGCUCGGCCUCAGGCACGGAGCCCUCUGGGGUUACCCCUUCCUGGAUGCCAUCGACCAGGGGCCUGAUGCCAGGGCUGAGAACUACCUGUACAGUCGGAGAACCUGGAAUAUCUGCAUGGAGCCUGAGGGCAUCGUGAGCUGGCACGUUGUCCUGUUCUCCCUCCUGCUGCUCAUCAGCGUGGCUGAGAUGGUGCUGGCCUUGCUCCAGAUCCUCAAUGGCUGCCUCGGCUGCCUCUGUGGCUUCUGCGAGGGGAAGUAAGGCCUGGUGGCUGUGCCAGGAGCUCGGAGGAGGGGUCACCCCGGGUGUCACUUGGCUGCUGGCACACGCCGUGGAGGGGGCACGGCAGGCGCUGUCCCACCAGCCCGGUGCAGAGCCCUGUGAGAGAUGGACAGAGCCCGGUGGGGACGGACACCCCAGGUGUUGAAGCAGCGCGUGGGGCCGAUGUGCCAAGGGCUGCUCCUGUGCAGAUGCCCCGGCCCGGGCCAUAUCCCUUCGCUUGGGGCUGGCGGCUCUUUUGGGGUUGGAAACUGGCCUGGUAAGGGAUGGAGGUGAGGACCUGGCUUCCAGCAUCCUGACAUGAGCCCAGCAGCUGCCUCAGCCACUCGUUGUGAUACUGAAAUGAGGCAGAGAACCAAUUUUGUCACACAAUUUGAAGCAUUGGAAAGCAGGCGUUGUUUAUCACAGAGCUGGACACACGCAGGAUAUCCCCUCUAAUUGAAUGUUUGUCGUGAAACUGCACAACAGGGUGUUCAUUCCAUCACGAUCAGACAUACUCACUACAAGAGACAUCUUAGAGAAUACAUUAACAUCGAAUUAAUUUACAUGCCCCCACCCCUUCCUGGAAGUCCUUUUGUGGUCCUAGAGGGUUGUCUAAAGGGGUCUCUGGUGGUUGUACUCACUGAGUGCCCCAAUAUUGUGACCUUGCCUUGAACUUCUCUCAGGGCAUGAGCUGUUGUUUGUUGUUACGUAACUUUACACAGAAGUCACUAUGUUCCUCAUUACCUGUUUCUCCACUGGUUCCAGCUACCUUUAGCAUCCUGUGUGUCUGCUUUUACACCCUCUUAUCUAAUUUGCUAGUUAGUCUUUUAAGUUCUGUUUUGCAAAUUCAAGGGAACUGAAAAUUUAUAUUCUCUGUGUUGUCUGUCACUUGUCAGCUUCCACUCACCCUGGUGCAAAAUGAGGCAUGGUCCUGUCACAGACUGAAGAGCUGGACACUGUUGUUAAUCGAUUCACACUUAGGGCAGUUGAGCUGGUGUUUGUCACCUGUACAGGGCAGGAGAGGUGAGGGAGACCAAAGGAGCUGAGCUGGGGCACUUGGAUGGAGUCA